GCGUGAAGCAAGUAAGCAACCCUCUAUUUGCCCCCACACACAAUCUCUCCAACAAAAUCCCCAAAUCAAUUUCACCCAAAACCCAUCAAAAAAUGGCCUCAAUCCCACUCCUCCGCCUCUCCCACCUCCCAAUCACCACCGCAACAACCACCACACACCACCACAAAUACACCCAAAUUCGCCCUCUCUCCCUCCUCUACCACCCACUAAAAUCACCCCCCACCACCAAAACCCCCUUCCAAAUCACCCCCAAAAAACCCAAAACCCUAAAACCCAAUCAAAAACCCAUUUCCAUGUCCGCAACAACCCCAGCAACAGACCGCUUAAUCUCCUCCAUCUCCUACUUCCUCCCCUUCGUCAAUGGCCUCCAUUACGGCCGCUUCCUCUUCGCUCAAUACCCACCACUCUCUCUCCUCUUCGAACCCAUCUUACCCUUUCUCUCUCUCUACAAAUCAAUCCCUUAUGCCAGCUUCGUCUCCUUCUUCGGCCUCUACCUCGGCGUUGUCAGAAACCCUAAAUUCUCGAACUACGUGAGAUUCAACGCAAUGCAGGCCCUUGUUCUUGAUGUUCUCCUCGUUCUUCCUUUGCUUUUGCAGCGGAUUUUCACCCCUGGGAAAGGGCUAGGGUUUAAGAUUAUGGUGAUGGGUCAUAAUUUCUUGUUUGUGUUCAUUGUUUCUUGUUUUGUUUAUGGGGUUGUUUCUUCUGUUUUGGGGAAAACUCCUUAUUUGCCUCUUGUUGCUGAUGCUGCUGGCAGACAAAUGUGAUCAAACAAACCCAGAAAUUAGGGAUUUUGAUCAUUUUUGAGUUUAGAUUAUUAAUUUGAUCACUUUGAUGUAAUAUUUACUUUGUGUUGUAUUUAUUGAAUUGCGGAAUUUUGGUAGAAUGAUCACACAUUUUUAUGUUCA